AUGUCCGAUCUGGCAGUUGUGGGCGAGCCGCUGCGCGUGGGCGACAAGUUUGUGCCGCAGCUGAGCAUGCGAAGGAUCUUUAACACAAAAUGCUUUCGCGUCGAGCGCCACCAGCACGAGGUGGCCAAUCAUUAUCGCGACUUUAAGCUGCAGCAGUCGUCGCUGCCGCCGCGUCGCAGCUGCCACCUGGCGCGUCAGCCGCGUCGGAUACGCAGUCGCCUCCAGCGUCCAAGCUUUGCCUCGCCCUGUGCUCAAUUCCGUGGCGAGUUGCCCGCCCAUGUGCACUAUUUUCCAAGAUUCGGCGAUACGUAUGCGCCCCGUGGCCGGCAAACGAUUUGCUCGGCUGAGCCACCGGACGACACCUACAACGACACGCUGAGACGCAUCAGGUGCGCCCACAGCAGCGACCAGCUGAAGGCGCUCGUCGAGCGGGUGGAAAGCCUACAACGGCAGCAGCAGCAGCAGCAGCGACAUCGUCGCAUCGAUCUGUGUACAUAUUUGCAACUGGCCAGUGGCUACUACGAACGGGGGUUGCAUGCCAACAUCAAGUACCUGCAAUCGAUUGGACAGCGUAAUGCAAUAAACCAGCAACAGCAACUGCAGCAACAGCGGCAGCAGCAGCAGCAGCGCCACAGGCAGCGACGCUUCUCAUUGGAAGCCUGGCCGCAGCAGCAAACAGUUGAUGAUCAGUCUCAGCAGCAUUUGAGUACAUUUUUGAAGAAUUUGCGCCAGCGCGAGCGUUGCCAGACAUUGCCUGACCAGUGCUGCACAACGGAUGCCAUAAGCGUGCACAUAACGCCAGUGCUGCGCGCCGCAACGGACAUGUGUGAUUAUGCGAGGCAGUGUGGUGAAAAUAGCAACAAUAACAUUGAGAGUAACAGCAGCAGCAGCAGCGAUCGCAGCAGCAGCAGCACUAACAGCGCUUUAACAGCGGCAAUCGAUCAACGCAAGCUGUACGAAAUUAUCGAUAACUUGAGCGAAUUGAGCUUGCGCGAUAACAGUCUGCCGCUCAUUACGCUCACGGACUACACGCAACAGGUGGCGCUUUAUGGCGCCAAUUUGGAUAUUGCCGGCGAUUGUUUAGUGCAAACACCCAACGAAACCGAACCACCAACAUAAUAGAACUGUAAUACGCGACAGCAGCAGCGACAAAAACUGCAAUUAAUUGCCAACAACAAACAACAAAAUAAAACAAAAC